GCUGGAGGUCCAGACCAGACUUGUUGAUCUCCAUUAAGAGACAGCACAAGGAAAGAGAGGCGCUUUCCUUUGUAUCUUUAAAACGAGAAAAUGUGGCUCCAUCUUGGAAUGUAGACGGGGGCGGAGGGAGAGAGUCUCAUCCAAGUGCAGGCCUUGGGGAGCUGCUUGCAAAAGGAUCCUGGGAAUAAUCUGCAGCUUUCAGGCGUCUGUGGACCCAUUUGCCUUGCUUCCCUUCCCCAGCCCUCGGGUUCUUGGACAUACUGGAAUAUUACUGUGAUCUUUCUGCCUCAGGCUUCCGGGGAGCCAGUGCAAACGGCCUCAGCUGCUGAUCGCUUGCUGGCUGAUGCAGGAUGUAGCCACACGUUGGUUUCCCUGUUCUCCGCCGACUGCCCGGCUUUGAUCCUUGGCGAAGAAGCUCUUCGGCAUGGAGGGGAAGGAGAACAGGUGAAGCCCGCCGGCUCUGAAGCGUGAGUGCCCGGCCCCGCGGAGCCUUCCAGAGGCAGCGAUGCCCGCGGGCAUGAACAAGCAUGGAUCUCGGUCUUCUACCUCUUUGCCUCCGGACCCCAUGGAGAUCGUUCGGAGCAAGGCCUGCUCCCGGAGGGUCAAACUCAACGUGGGGGGCCUGGCGCAUGAAGUUCUCUGGCGAACCCUGGACAGGCUGCCCCGGACCAGGCUGGGCAAACUGAGAGACUUCAACACGCACGAGUCCCUCAUGGAGAUCUGUGACGACUAUAACCUGGAGGAGAACGAGUAUUUCUUUGACCGGCACCCGGGGGCAUUCACUUCCAUCUUGAACUUCUACCGCACGGGCAAGCUGCACAUGAUGGAGGAGAUGUGCGCCUUGUCCUUCAGCCAAGAACUGGACUACUGGGGGAUCGACGAGAUCUACCUGGAGUCCUGCUGCCAGGCCAGGUACCACCAGAAGAAAGAGCAGAUGAACGAGGAGCUGAAGAGAGAAGCCGAGACGCUGAGGGAAAGGGAAGGGGAGGAAUUUGAUAACACCUGCUGCGCCGACAAGAGGAAAAAACUCUGGGAUCUUCUAGAGAAACCCAACUCUUCAGUAGCCGCCAAGAUUUUGGCCAUCAUUUCCAUCAUGUUCAUUGUAUUAUCUACAAUAGCCUUGUCACUUAAUACGCUUCCUGAACUACAAGGCACGGAUGAAUUUGGACAAACCACAGAUAACCCUCAGCUUGCCCACGUGGAGGCAGUGUGCAUUGCAUGGUUUACAAUGGAAUACCUCUUGCGGUUCCUAUCCUCACCUAAGAAAUGGAAGUUUUUCAAAGGCCCCCUGAACGCUAUUGAUUUGCUAGCUAUCUUGCCCUAUUAUGUCACUAUCUUCCUCACGGAAUCAAACAAAAGUGUACUUCAGUUCCAAAAUGUACGCAGGGUAGUUCAGAUAUUUCGUAUCAUGAGGAUACUCCGAAUUCUAAAGCUUGCCAGGCACUCAACCGGUUUACAGUCCUUGGGAUUUACUCUAAGGAGGAGCUAUAAUGAGCUUGGAUUACUCAUCUUGUUUUUGGCCAUGGGCAUUAUGAUCUUUUCCAGCUUGGUUUUUUUUGCAGAAAAAGAUGAGGAUGAUACAAAAUUCAAGAGCAUCCCCGCUUCCUUCUGGUGGGCAACUAUCACCAUGACAACAGUAGGCUAUGGAGACAUCUACCCCAAAACUCUCUUAGGCAAAAUAGUUGGAGGGUUGUGCUGCAUUGCUGGGGUGCUGGUGAUUGCUCUUCCCAUCCCAAUCAUUGUAAAUAACUUCUCUGAGUUCUACAAAGAGCAGAAGAGGCAGGAGAAAGCCAUCAAGCGCAGAGAAGCACUUGAAAGAGCAAAAAGAAAUGGCAGCAUUGUCUCCAUGAAUAUGAAGGAUGCUUUUGCCCGUAGUGUAGAACUGAUGGAUAUUGUGGUUGAAAAGAAUGGAGAAAGCACAGGCAAAAAGGAUAAAGUUCAGGACAAUCAUUUAUCCCCCAGCAAGUGGAAAUGGACCAAGAGAACACUCUCUGAAACUAGCUCCAGUAAAUCUUUUGAAACUAGGGAACAAGGAUCUCCAGAAAAGGCCCGGUCCUCUUCCAGCCCUCAGCACCUGAAUGUCCAACAGUUGGAGGACAUGUACAACAAAAUGGCAAAGACUCAGUCACAGCCAAACCUCAACACUAAAAACACAGGUCACCCUGGAAAGCAAAAGGAAGAGCUAGAAAUGGAGACCAUUCCUGGCCCUACGGUCCCUUUAUUGACCACCCGUGCUGACGGGAUCAUUGACAUGAGGAGCAUGUCAAGCAUUGACAGUUUUAUAAGCUGUGCUACAGAUUUCCCUGACUCUGGGAAAUUCUCCCACAGUCCACUUGCUACACUUCCCUGCAAAGGAGGUGUUAAUCCAAUUCAGGAGCAAAUCAGGGCAGAGGGAAGUGGAACCAGGUUCAUGGAGAUAAACCCAAAGCCAGAAGGCAGCCACCGCUCUACAUUUUUCAUAGAAAGUCCCAACAGUUCUGUAAAAGCCAGUAACCCUUUAAAAUUAAGAUCUCUGAAAGUCAACUUUAUGGAAGAUGACAACAGCACAUUAGUACCAGCAUCAAAUGUACUGAGAAUAUAUCCAGAUGCUCUCAAGAAUAGGGGAGCUGCUGCUGCAGACAAUUCCUUACUCUCUGAUCGAUCUUUAGUCAGUCCAGAAACUUCUAUCUACACAACAGCGAGUGCUAGAACACCCCCAACGUCGCCAGAGAAGCAGAUAGCAAUAGCUUUCAACUUUCACGAUGCCAGCAUACAUAAAUAUAUAGAUGCUGACACUGAUGAUGAAGGUCAGUUGCUUUACGACUCAAGCCCUCCAGGAAAUGUAAGUCCCAAAUACAAUAUUACAAACAGUGCUUAUCUAAAGCAAAAAGAUAACAUUUAUAGAACGGAGAAGAACCAUCUAGAGAGUGCUGCUUUACCCACCUCACCGAAAUGUAUAGGGCAAAACUGCAUUUACUCCAUGGAAGGUAUCACUGGAAAAACCCAGGGAAAUCAGGAGACUGUCAGACUAGAAAAUCACAUUUCACCCGAGGUCCAUAUAUUACCAGGUGGUGGAGGACAUGCUAACACCCACGAUCAACGCAUCUGACAUGUGCUCCAAAAAACUUGUUGAACAUUGAAAGGAAUGUCUUUACAGUCAACACAACAAACGAGAGCUUCUGCAUGGCAUGAACUUUGACUGAAGCAAGCCACUUGUUUCUAAAAGUCUGAGAGGAGGCCUGGUGUGGGUUUAUGAAAACAUCCUUCUCUGGAACAACUAUAAAGAUGUUGCCUGAUUCAUCCUACAAAUAUCAAUGAAAAUAAAGAUUGCAAGUCUUGCUCACACUUUGAUCUCCUUUCAUGUCCUUCAUUGAAGUCAGCCUGACCAAAUAUACAUCAACUCCCCUUGUACAAUGGAUCUCCUUUUGGAAGUGUUAACAUCUGGUUUGUGUUACUUCCAUAGAAGAGACCAAGGCAGCCAGAUUUGAACUCUGGACCAAAUUACUGGGGUUGGUAUAAAGUUAUUAGAAACACAAUACUUAUUGCUUCAGGGCAGUUGUUCCAAAUAGCCCCAUCUGCAUCUUUCUUUCUGAUGGAUACAGUGUCUAAAGGUAACAGGGAACACUUGCAUUAUGGGUAAAUCUAAGCUUAUGUCUAUUUAAAAUAACAGUGAUCUAGAGAAAUAAAUUAUUAAAAUGCCCUGUGUGUGUUUAAUUCUUCCAGAUACUGUAGGACCUGAUGUUUUAUUUUGAAAUAUCAUCAGGGUGAGUUGCACCACUUGUAUCUAAUUUAAAACGCCCCCUAGAAAGUAGUGAAACUUGCACUUACUCUCUGCUAAAACCAAUACCAAAUCCGGGGCUAUAGAGGGGCUUCUAAGCCACAACCCACACUGGAGGAGUGUGAAGGGGCCGUGCAAAAGUAGGACUCUCCAGGGGCACUUUGGCUGACUCAGACAGAAUUCUUCCAGGGUUCUGCGGGAGAAUGCACCGAGUGAUAGCUUGACACAUUUAUAGGAUGUAACAUGCUCCCUCUUACUACUAGUCCAUUACCCCAUACCGCCUGUUCUGUGCUAAAGGCAGGGACCCAGGAGCUGCCCUGUUUGGAGAGUCCAGGCAUUCUAGGCUUGUAUACUGCUUGUGUUGCAGCUAGCCCCUACUCCAGAAUGUAAAGAGCGGCAGUGAUGUCUCCUUGUGCCCCUCCCAUUCUGACUUCCAUAUUCACUUAGGGGUCAGCCUCAAUCUAGCUCAUAAAGUAGGAGGAGAGGAAUGAGUCAGUCUGAAGCAUUUUGCACUCAGUCGAUGUUGAAUGACUAGAUAUGCAAGUGUUAACUAAAUAUGCAAAAACAGGACUUAUUUAAUUAUACACAACAGGCCUGAUUGUGCUGUCACUUCCACUGGUGAAAUCAGGAGUGACUCCAUUGAAACCAAUGAAGUUACACUAGUGUAAAAUGGCUAUAAGUGAGAGGCAAAUCAGGUCAAAUCGCUCAAUAAUAUUCAAUCUUUUUCUUAAAAAUGACCAUUUUAAACAAAUGCAACUAACAGCAACCAGCUUAGGUUUUAAACAUUGUCCUUCUAUAAAGUUAUUUGACUUGUGUAGAAAAUAUUUUUUUCUUUAAUUUUUAAUAUUACAAAAAAAGCACUUU